AUGGUGUUAUCUUCCAAUCGGAAAAUUCUUGUAGACCAUCAUGAUGUAACGAAUAUUCUCGAUCUUGUUUCCAUCGUUCACAACUUUCUCCAGAUUGACAAUCGUAUUCCUGCCCAGUACCUUAUUGAACCGGACGUCCUAUCGCGUAUCCGUCAGCUAAGCUUGGCCAUGCAGACAUACCGGACUGCUUUGAAGUCAAUAUGUGUCAUUCCUGGCACCAAUCGUGAGUUCAAAUUCGCAGGGCAGAAUGGACUCAAUUUAGGAGAGCUUCUAGCUAGGUUUCGAGGGAAAAAGUCCACGUUGCCAAUGGAUCAGGUGUAUUGUGUUUUGGGAAUGACAAUAGACUCCAGCAUUAUGUAUAAAGUUCCUUUUUGGACAUCUUGGAGUAGGAAACGACCAACACAACGGCUUCCACGAUUUGAUCACAGGCAGUCGUUGAGGAACCUGUGUACCGACACUGCGCGGUACAUCCUAAAAGAAGAUGGAGAUUUAGGGGCUCUGAGAAUGAAUAAUGCGCAUGCGUAUUCUACAAAAGACACAGAUUGGCCGUCUUGGGUUCCGGAUUUUUCAUCCCCGUUGCCGGGACCAGGUGAGCCAAAAAGUAUGCAAUGGAAUUUAGAGUCUUCAACAUUUCCUCAAAAUAUGAAUAAACUCUUAAUUGAUAAAGGUAGUAGAUUGGUGGUGCAUGGACAUGUUCUUGGUGAGAUUGAAGGGCUGGUUGGAAUAACACAAAAAAAUGGAGAGUAUUCCGAUAAGACGUGUGACAGACAGAGUGAGUUGAAGAAGGAAAAUUUGUGGUUGAGCCAAUAUAGGGAUGGGUUUGGGUUUUUACCGUUGGCGGUUUCGAGAGAUAGUGAGGGACGCCACGACCACGACCACGAUCCCGACCACAAACAUAACCGCACACCUUUCACGGUGCCAUAUCCACCAGUAUCGAGAGUCAUAAUGAGACUUCAAACAGCAUCGGUGAUGCCGAAUUCAGGCAAACAUGCAUUGUUGGUAAAAGCGCCUGAUCGCAUGUGUUGA